AUGGAUACUAAUCCCCUUGUCACACAUCUAUAUCUGGACCAUAACCAGAUCGCCGAGUUUGAAGGAGAAAAUCUAAAGUGUCUGAAACACCUCAAACUACUGUCGCUGGAUUCAAAUCCUAUUAGAGGUUUUCGAACAAAUGCCUUUGUAAUGCUUCGAUCACUACAGCUGUUGAUACUAAAGAAUUUAAAUGGACCACUGAUGCAUAUUGAACACUUCGCCUUCAACAACAGUGAACUUGUUUGGAUUGAUUUAAGGAACAAUAAACUAAUUAUGAGUUCAAUGAGCCCUCGUAUGUUCUGGGGUUGUGUGAAUCUAAAGCACCUGUCCAUGUCCUACAACAGUUUCAGUUAUGUCAGUGACUCAAUGAUGGAGAAAUUGUUUAACCCUUUAAAAGGACUAAUAUCACUUGCAAUGGGGAAUUGUAACAUCCGGAGUAUACCAAAAGUCGUGACUAAGAACUUGACCAAACUGAAGUGGCUAACGUUGUUCAAAAAUUACAUAAAAUCGUGGCCACCGGGUACGUUUAACUCUCUGACUUCACUUACUGAAUUGUGUCUAAUGGGUAACAGGAUUACAAACAUAGAGGAAGAUGCAUUUCCAGCAGAGCUUCGUCAUCGUUUGAAGUCCAUUAAUCUAGCAGAAAAUCCAUUUGCUUGUACCUGCGACCUCUUGUGGUUCCUUAACUGGUAUAAGACGAACAGGACAAUUUUCAAACAGCUUGACCGCUGGUACAAAUGUUCUUCACCGUUAUCAGUUCAGACUGUCCAGCUCAACGAUAUUCACUUAUCAGAACAGAAAUGUUUAAUUGGGGUGAUGGCCACUUUUGUUAUUGUUGCUGCAGCAUCUUCUGGUGUGCUUCUCACUAUUAUUAUUUCAGUGGUUUACCGAAAACGCUGGUCAUUGAAACAUUAUUUGUAUAUGCGAGGACACAGACAGAGACGUCAACAGGAGAUAGACCUAGACUAUAUGUACGAUAUUUACGUUAUCUACAGUGAAGAAGAUCUUGGGUGGAUUACACAGGAAAUGCUUCCCUUUCUUGAAGACACUAAAGGAUUAAAACUUUGUAUCCAGCAACGAGAUUUUAGUCCAGGAAAAGCGAUGGUCGACUGUAUAGUAGAAGCAGUGCAUUGCAGUCGCGGGUUUAUUUUGGUGGCAUCCAACACGUUUGUGGAGGACGAAUGGUGCCAGUUUCAAUUACAGUUAGCUCACAAGCACAACGAGGAACGCGACCUUGACCUCUUGAUGGUGAUUCUUCUGGAGGAAGUGGAUCAACGUCACAUUACCCCAGCACUGUACGCUGUACUCGAGACAAAAGACUACAUUAGCUGGCCGGAAGAUGACGAAGAUAGCGUCACAUUUUGGGAAGAUCUUUACCAGGAAAUUACCCAUUAAAUGGUUAAUGAGAUUUGGGUUGUCAGAAGCAAGACAGCUGUUGAAAUCUGACUACACCCCACUUUUAAAAGCAUAGAAACAAUGUGAAAUGCCCUGGACGGUACCUAACAGGGCCCAGACCACGUUUCUCGCUAAGUAUUUCGAUGCCUUCCUUUGUCAAUAUUAGUCUCACUUUACACCUCGCCCACUUAUUUCAAAAUGGCUACCAAAAAAACCUAAACAAUUCCUUUUCUGUGUGAAGUUUUUGAUUAUAUUACACAAGGGUAGAGACAAGAGAGAAUUACGAAAGCUAGUUAAACGUAUAUAUUAAUGAGAUCUGAAUAUGUUUGUUGAAGAUUUUUGGCAAUCGAAACAAUAGAAAGCAGAUUUCUUGGCAUUUACUGCAGAGGUUAUGUAUCACCACUGUCUUGCCCUAUUGCAGCAGACAAAUUGGCAUAGAUGCAUACAGACUCUCCACAUUCAGCUUUUCAACAGGAACUGUGAAUACUCUCAGAUGAUUUUCUUACAUCGCAGUUUCGAGUCAUUACUGUGCCAUUGUAUAGCCAUGCUACCUAGAGCAGUUUCCCUCUCAUUCACCAUAUCAUCUUGUGCUGCAGAGCAAUCUGAACCAUGAUCAAUGAUGUUCAGUUUAGUCUUGGGAAUCCGUUUUUAUCAUUCUUGGCUUCCGUGUCUUGAUAAUGCAUAUAUACUUUGCCACUGUAUUUUGUCAACCAUGAGGAUUGCUUCCUAAUAAACAAACAUCUCGAUUUCGAAAAUACACCAAGCAAUGAUCAGUGGCAAAACAAUUUAAACACGGUAUAUGAGAAUGAUUCAUAAAAACUCUUCACUUUCAUUCUUCUCGUUUCACUGUGCUGAAGUGCGUCUGCAUAGCAAUUGUAUUACGUUUUUGUUCCUCAACAUACACAGAAAACUGCGUGAAAGCUUAGCUAUCAAACACCCACAUUUCAAAGUAAAACAGGACAUUUGGCUGAACAAACACAAUACAUUGCUGAUUUAGAAGGACAUAAGGGAGUAGUAGCAUGACUCCACAUGGAAUAGUUACUGGUGAGAACUGUAAACAGCAACGUGAAAUUAUUGCUUUCAUUUGCUGUAUGCAAAUGUCCUUUCAGGCUGUAAUAUUGCUUCUGUGACGUAGUAGAUUGAGAAAGCAAUAAUCAUUAAAGUUCUGUCUGACUUAUAUUAUUAUAAUAAAUUAAUAAAUUCGGGGACUUAGAUGCUGAUACCAGAGAACCUA